UUUCUGGACGCAUACAAAGCACAGGGCAUACCCUUAUGGGGUCUAACCAUUCAAAAUGAGCCCGCGUUAGCUCUAGUAAUAUACCCUAAGCACUGGUUUAAUACAAUGGCAUUCACUCCCGAACUGUACCGGGAUUUCCUGAAACUAGACUUCGGGCCCAUUAUGUCGGCCGCCGGUUACGGGCCUAACGUUACCCGAGUUAUGAUUUUUGACGAUAACAUCCAUUCUGUCACACAAUGGGCUGAUGUUAUCUACAGAGACAAUGAAGCGGCCCAAUACGUGUCCGGAACGGCCAUUCAUUGGUAUGAAAAUAAUGCAAGCAAUGUGGGCAUGCUGGAUACUGUGCACGAUCAAAACCCGAGCAAGUUUAUUUUGAGCACUGAAGCCUGUGAAAUGUGGCAGGGUAAAGAUUACCAUGUUUAUUUAGGCAGUUGGCAAUUAUUUGAGAAGUACGCCACUGAUAUUAUUAGAGAUUUAAAUCAUUGGGUCGGGGGUUGGGUUGACUGGAAUCUGGCUCUGGACACUAAUGGUGGGCCCAAUUGGUCAAAAAACUUUGUGGACGCGCCGAUUAUAGUGAACGCUACGGCCCGGGAGUACUACAAACAGCCGUCGUUUUACUCGAUCGCACACUUCAGUAAAUUCCUUCCGCCCGGCGCUCAACGCCUGAACUAUACGCUCGCAGUCGACGGCCCGACAGAUGCGGACACUCUGUUGACCACCAGUUUUGUCCGCACAGACGGCGGGACAGUUGUCGUCGCACUCAAUGUCGGCGACACUCCUAUCGAUGUCACCAUUAAUGACGUCAAACGGCGACAAAAUAUCACACAUUUAUUGAGCGCUAAUUCGAUGCAAACUUAUAUCUAUUUUGAUAAUUAAGUAAAUGAUUUUAUACAGGGU